AUGCGACUCUCAUCUCUCCUCCAGCUUCCUCUCGCCCUCCUCUCCCUCCUCACAUUUGUACCUUCUCCCACCAAUGCUGGAACACACACAUCCAAUUGGGCCGUCCUAGUCUCCACCUCCCGAUUCUGGUUCAACUACCGCCACCUCGCCAAUGUGCUCUCCCUCUACCGCAGCGUUAAACGCCUCGGCAUACCCGAUUCUCAAAUCAUCCUCAUGCUACCCGACGACAUGGCGUGCAACCCCCGCAACGUCUUUCCAGGCACCGUCUACAACAACGCUGAUCGCGCCCUGGAUCUUUACGGCGACAACAUUGAGGUAGACUAUCGGGGCUACGAAGUCACGGUCGAGAACUUCAUCCGGCUGUUAACGGAUCGGCUGGGAGAGGACGUGCCGCGGGGGAAGCGGGAACGAGUUCCUGAAGUUCCAAGACGCAGAGGAGAUAGGGGGUGGGACCUGGCGGACGCAUUCGAGCAGAUGUGGGAGAAGAGACGGUACAAUGAGAUGCUAUUCAUGAUCGACACUUGCCAGGCAAAUACGCUAUACAAACAUUUCUACUCGCCGAAUAUUAUCGCGACGGGGAGUUCGGAGAUCGAUCAAUCGAGCUACUCGCAUCAUGCAGACAAUGAUGUCGGUGUUGCCGUGAUUGAUCGGUGGACGUAUUACAAUCUCGAUUUUCUUGAGAAGGAAGUGGAGGGUCCGACGAGUAAGUUGACGAUGGGAGAUUUGUUCGAUUCGUAUGAUGAAAGCAAGAUCCAUUCGAAGCCAGGGGUGAGGUGGGAUUUGUUUCCUGGAAAUGAGAAAGAGGGGCGAGAAAGGCUGCUGGUGGAUUUUUUCGGUAAUGUGCAAGGGGUGGAGGUUGGAAACGAGACCGAGUGGCAGGAGGAUCUGAGGAGGUUGAAGGAUAUCAUUGCAAGAGCCAGGGAGAGGGAGGGUUUACAGGGACAAGAUGCGAUUCCGCCAAUAUGGAACGACGUUGGUGCUGGCAAAUUUGCUGAAAAGAACUCAACCAGGAAAGGGGUAGAAGGAGCUGCAAGAGUGGAGGUUCGAGGUAGCUGGAACCAACAGAUGCUAGGGAUCGGGACUUUGCUAGGAUGUGCCAUGCUCUGGGGUGGAGUUUCCUGGCUCGAGUCUUCGAGAUAA